GAAGAGACCUUUUGUUAAUUAUUAUAAGGCAGAUUAGGAUGUCCCUCGUUUGUGUACAGCCUACAUAUAAUUCAUAUAUAUAUUAAGAAUGUAUGUAGAUGUGGCCUAUGUGUUGGAUAUGCAAUUAUAUAAUCAUUGUUAUUGGUCCUUUGUACAAUCUAUCAUUAACCUGAUUUACUCAACCUUCUCCCUCCCUCCUCUGUAACAAUCUUAUCCUCCUCCUCUUUCCUGUUAGAAUUGCUGAACUGGUGACAAAGAAGAAGCAAUAUGGCACUUACUUGGACUCAUAAAGACAGAGGUGAAAUUAGGGUUCAUGAGAAUUUGGAGGAACUAAGUAUAGACUUGGUAGAUUAUAUAGCUGAGAUAUCAGAAGCCUCGAUUAAAGAACAUGGUGCUUUCUGCAUUGCGUUAUCAGGAGGCUCUCUCAUCAACUUGAUGGGAAAAUUGGUCGAACCACCUUUCAACAAGAUUGUAGAUUGGGCUAAAUGGUAUGUUUUUUGGGCUGAUGAGCGCGUGGUAGGUAAGAACCAUGACGAUAGCAACUACAAGCUCGCCAAGGAUAAUCUCCUCUCUAAGGUAAAUGUGUUUCCGAGACAUAUAUGUUCUAUUAACGAUACGGUCUCGGCUGAGGACGCUGCAACAGAGUAUGAGUUCGCCAUCAGACAGAUGGUAAAAACACGAACCGUGACUGCGUCUGAGAAUAGCGACUGUCCCAAAUUUGAUCUCAUUUUGCUUGGGAUGGGCUCUGAUGGACAUGUAGCCUCGCUCUUCCCCAACCACCCAGCCCUUGAGGUGAAGGACGAUUGGGUUACAUUCCUAACUGACUCACCUAAACCGCCACCAGAGAGAAUCACAUUCACUUUGCCAGUCAUUAACUCAGCUGCUAGUGUUGUUGUAGUUGCAACCGGUGAAACCAAAGCUAAUGCUGUUCACUUAGCGAUAGAUGAUCUGCCGUCACUAGAAAGCUCUCUUUCCCUGCCUGCUAGGAUGGUCCAGCCAAGCAGUGGGAAUCUGAUCUGGUUUAUGGAUAAACCAGCAGGAUCUAAACUUGACGGGUUUAAAUUCUCUGAGUAGAAUUUAGAUUAUCUUCUUUGUUCCAAAAAGCAAAUGGUUCUUAAUAUCAUUGAUGACCCAUUUUAUAUGAAGAGCAUCCGGUUUAAAAACAUUGAUUUUUGUUUUAA